GCCGCCGCCUCCGCCUGCCAGAGCCCCCAGGCCCGGCCCGCGCUGAGCCCGGCUGCUGAGUGAUGAGAAACUUUUGCUGGUACAGAAGCGCUAUGAGAUCAGUCUCUUCUCCUGUGUGGGCAGUUUGCCUGCACUGGUAACAACUGCCCUCCCCUUGGCCAGUGGGGAAGUUGUACAGGACACUGGAAGACACAAAUCAUCUCGGAAGUGGCUGACCCUGGCAGGAUGUGUCGACGAUGAUGAUGGCAAGGAAGCAAGAUGUCCGCAUUCCCACCUACAAUGUCAGUGUGGUGGGAUUGUCGGGGACAGAGAAGGAGAAGGGACAGUGUGGCAUUGGGAAGUCUUGCCUGUGCAAUCGUUUUGUUCGCCCCAGUGCUGAUGAAUUUCACUUGGACCAUACCUCUGUCCUCAGCACCAGUGACUUUGGUGGGAGGGUUGUCAACAAUGACCACUUCUUGUACUGGGGGGAAGUGGGGCGCUCCCUGGAAGACUGUGUGGAAUGUAGGAUUCACAUUGUGGAACAGACUGAAUUUAUUGAUGACCAGACUUUCCAGCCUCACCGGAGCACCGCCCUGCAACCUUACAUCAAGAGAGCUGCAGCCACAAAGCUUGCAUCUGCGGAGAAGCUCAUGUAUUUUUGCACUGACCAGCUGGGGCUGGAACAAGACUUUGAACAGAAACAAAUGCCAGAAGGAAAGCUGCUGAUCGAUGGCUUUCUUCUCUGCAUCGAUGUGAGCAGGGGAAUGAACAGGAACUUUGAUGAUCAGCUCAAGUUUGUUUCAAACCUUUACAAUCAACUUGCCAAGACAAAAAAGCCUAUAGUGGUGGUUCUGACAAAGUGUGAUGAGGGAGUGGAGCGGUACAUUCGAGAUGCACAUACUUUUGCCUUAAGCAAAAAGAAUCUCCAGGUUGUGGAGACUUCAGCUCGAUCUAAUGUGAAUGUGGACCUGGCUUUUAGCACUUUAGUGCAGCUCAUUGAUAAAAGUCGGGGGAAGAUGAAAAUCAUCCCUUACUUUGAGGCUCUGAAGCAGCAGAGCCAACAAAUAGCAACUGCAAAAGACAAGUAUGAGUGGCUGGUGAGCCGCAUCGUGAAGAGCCACAAUGAGAAUUGGCCGGGCGUCAGCCGGAAGAUGCAGUCUUCUCCCGAGUACCAGGACUACGUCUACCUCGAGGGCACACAGAAAGCCAAGAAACUCUUCCUGCAGCACACCCACCGUCUCAAACAUGAACACAUUGAGCGGCGCAGGAAGCUGUAUCUUGCAGCUCUCCCGCUGGCUUUUGAAGCUCUCAUCCCCAACCUUGAUGAGAUUGACCACUUGAGUUGCAUCAAAGCGGAAAAACUAUUGGAAACCAAGCCAGAAUUUCUAAAGUGGUUUGUUGUGCUUGAAGAAACACCUUGGGAUACCACCAGCCACAUUGACAAUAUGGAAAAUGAACGGAUACCUUUUGAUUUAAUGGAGACUCUACCUGCUGAGCAGCUAUAUGAGGCCCAUUUAGAGAAGCUGAGGAAUGAGAGGAAAAGAGCUGAGAUGCGAAGGGCUUUCAAAGAAAACCUAGAGACGUCUCCUUUCAUAACUCCUGGGAAGCCUUGGGAAGAGGCUCGUAGUUUUAUCAUGAAUGAAGACUUUUACCUGUGGCUGGAAGAAUCUGUAUAUAUGGAUAUCUACAGCAAACACCAAAAACAGAUUAUAGACAAAGCCAAGGAAGAAUUUCAGGAACUGCUCCUAGAAUAUUCUGAGUUGUUCUAUGAACUAGAACUUGAUGCUAAACCUAGUAAGGAGAAGAUGGGUGUCAUUCAGGAUGUGUUGGGGGAAGAGCAGCGAUUCAAAGCUCUGCAGAAGCUACAGGCAGAGCGGGAUGCUCUCAUUUUAAAGCACAUUCAUUUUGUGUACCACCCAACCAAGGAGACUUGUCCCAACUGCCCCAUGUGUGUAGACUCCAAAAUUGAACACCUGGUUAGUUCUCGGUUCAUCAGACCUUCUGAUCGCAAUCAAAAAAACUCACUUUCUGACCCCAACAUAGAUCGGAUCAACCUGGUUAUUCUUGGCAAGGAUGGUCUUGCUAGAGAAUUGGCAAAUGAAAUUCGAGCUCUUUGUACAAAUGAUGACAAAUAUGUGAUAGAUGGCAAAAUGUAUGAACUUUCUCUGAGGCCAAUAGAAGGUAAUGUCCGACUUCCCGUAAAUUCUUUCCAGACACCAACCUUUCAACCCCAUGGUUGUCUCUGCCUUUACAAUUCAAAGGAGUCUCUCUCUUAUGUUGUAGAAAGUAUUGAAAAAAGUAGAGAGUCAACACUUGGCCGUAGGGACAAUCAUUUGGUUCAUCUUCCCCUGACACUAAUAUUAGUUAACAAGCGAGGAGACACUAGCGGUGAAACACUGCACAGCUUAAUACAACAAGGCCAACAGAUUGCCAGCAAGCUGCAGUGUGUCUUUCUGGAUCCAGCUUCUGCCGGCAUCGGUUAUGGGCGCAACAUCAAUGAGAAGCAAAUUAGUCAAGUUUUAAAAGGACUUUUGGACUCAAAGCGUAACUUAAAUCUCGUUAGUUCGACUGCUAGCAUCAAAGAUUUGGCUGACAUCGAUCUGCGGAUUGUAAUGUGUCUCAUGUGUGGAGAUCCAUUUAAUACAGAUGACAUUCUUUUUCCUGUUCUCCAAUCCCAAACAUGUAAGCCUUCUCAGGGCGGCAGCAACAACUCGGUUUUACUUGAAUUACCAAUAAUAGGACCCCACAAAAAGCGCAUCGAAUUGUCAAUUCUUUCAUAUCAUUCCUCAUUUAGCAUUAGGAAAAGCCGAUUGGUUCAUGGGUACAUAGUUUUUUAUUCAGCCAAACGGAAGGCCUCCUUGGCUAUGUUACGUGCCUUUCUUUGUGAAGUGCAGGACAUCAUUCCCAUUCAGCUUGUAGCUCUCACUGACUGCACAGCUGAUGUUCUAGACAAUGACUUAAGCCGGGAACAGUUGACCGAAGGAGAGGAGAUAGCCCAAGAAAUUGAUGGAAGAUUUACAAACAUCCCUUGUAGCCAGCCUCAGCAUAAACUGGAGAUCUUUCAUCCAUUCUUCAAAGAUGUGGUAGAGAAGAAGAACAUCAUUGAGGCCACCCAUAUGUAUGAUAACGCUGCCGAGGCCUGUAGUACUACCGAGGAAGUCUUUAACUCCCCCCGCGCUGGCUCCCCUCUCUGCAACUCUAAUCUUCCUGACUCUGAAGAAGACAUCGAACCCCCAACCUAUAGCCUCUUCCGAGAAGAUACAUCCUUGCCCUCCUUGUCCAAAGAUCAUUCGAAGCUUUCCAUGGAGCUAGAGGGGAAUGACAGUCUGUCUUUCUUUAUGAGCAUUGAAAGUAAGCUCAACAACAAAGUACCUCCACCAGUGAAACCAAAGCCUCCUGUCCAUUUUGAAAUAAAAGGGGAUCUGUCUUAUUUGGACCAAGGGCAUAAGGAUGCCCAAAGGAAGUCAGUGUCUUCUAGCAGCUGGCUUCCUGCUGAUGGGUUUGAUCCUUCAGAUUAUGCAGAGCCAAUGGAUGCUGUGGUCAAGCCACGGAACGAGGAGGAAAAUAUCUACUCUGUGCCACAUGACAGCACCCAAGGCAAAAUCAUCACCAUCCGGAACAUCAACAAAGCCCAGUCCAAUGGCAGUGCCAAUGGCUCUGAUAGUGAAAUGGACACAAGCUCUUUGGAGCGAGGGCGCAAAGUGUCUAUAGUGAGCAAACCUGUGUUGUAUAGGACACGGUGCACGCGCCUAGGGCGCUUUGCCAGUUACAGGACCAGCUUCAGUGUGGGGAGUGAUGAUGAGCUAGGGCCCAUUCGGAAAAAAGAGGAGGACCAGGCCUCCCAGGGAUACAAAGGGGACAAUUCUGUGAUCCCUUAUGAAACAGAUGAAGACCCAAGGAGGCGGAACAUUCUGCGCAGUCUCCGAAGGAACGCCAAGAAACCAAAGCCUAAACCCCGGCCAUCUAUCACUAAGACGACGUGGGAAAGUAACUAUUUUGGGGUUCCUUUAAACACCGUAGUAACUCCAGAGAAGCCUAUUCCCAUUUUUAUUGAGAGAUGCAUCGAAUACAUUGAAGCAACAGGGUUGAGUACUGAAGGCAUCUACAGAGUGAGCGGAAAUAAAUCUGAGAUGGAGAGCCUUCAGAGACAGUUUGAUCAAGACCACAACCUGGACCUGGCUGAAAAGGACUUCACCGUGAAUACUGUGGCAGGUGCCAUGAAGAGCUUCUUUUCUGAGCUGCCAGACCCCCUGGUGCCCUACAGCAUGCAGAACGACCUGGUGGAGGCCCACAAAAUCAAUGACCGGGAACAGAAGUUACACGCUCUGAAGGAGGUGCUAAAGAAAUUCCCUAAGGAAAACCAUGAAGUCUUCAAAUAUGUCAUCUCUCACCUGAACAAGGUCAGUCACAACAACAAGGUGAAUCUCAUGACAAGUGAGAACUUGUCCAUCUGCUUCUGGCCCACCUUGAUGAGACCGGACUUUAGCACCAUGGACGCCCUCACAGCCACACGGACCUAUCAGACAAUCAUUGAACUCUUCAUUCAGCAGUGCCCCUUCUUUUUCUACAAUCGGCCCAUCGGCGAGCCUGCCGGGGCCACACCCAGCUCCCCCUCCUCAGUUGCUCCCACCAUCCCCUUCCUCACAUCCACACCCAUCAUGAGUCAGCCAUCCCCUCCCCAGUCUCCUCCUCCCACUCCUCAGUCCCCACUGCAGCCGCCACUCCCGCCCCAGCUUCAGGCAGAGCACACUCUGUGAAGAGCUGGCUGCCAGGGGACCACAGAUCUGGGCUUCUGCCUGGGGUGGAGAAGAGUUGGGCAGAGGAGCAAAACCAAGGCCCAGCCUCCAGGGAGGAUGGGACAAUUUCUCCCCUCUCCCCAUCUUGCCGACCUCAGCUGGGAUGGCAGUGUGAUGAUCAGGAGCCAGUUGAGACACCUGCGCAGGGGGCUGGACUGACCUUUGACACCAUGCUGACUCCCUUUCUUUGGCUCAGAGGGAACCAUCCCCCAGCAGUGGUCAGUGUUGAUCUGCUAUCUGCAGGCCAGUUCCUGGGGCGGUCAGCCUGACCACUUGUACAGAACUGUCUGGGCUUGUCCCUAGGCAAAGCCUGAGACCCCCUGAGGACAACUUCCUUUCGCCCUUUUUUUCUCACCCAAGCCCUCGUCCAUCCCCCCACUGUGGUCUUGCUAGAAUACCCGGGUUCUGACAGCCAGAGCUCGGCCAGUCUGGACAAUGGGCAGGAAUCUUUGUGCCUGGGCAGAGAGAAAAGGCCAAGCGGAUUUUUCUGACUUCACUGGUUCUCAGUUCUGUUGGCAGUAAACUGCCUUCAGAACAAAGAACACUGGAAAAGAAUUUUUAAAAACACCAGGGGAAAAAAAAAGAGAGAGAGCUCAGCUUUUGGCUCUCCCCAGCUCUCCCGGAGGCAGACAGGUGCAUGCUGGCUCAAGCAGGCCUGGAGUUGAGGGGCAGUUCCCGAGGAGAUGGAGACUACGGGGGCUGCUUCCUUGGGCUCCACAGCCCUGGCGCCCUCUCCUGAGGAAAUCUCGGCAGCAAGCCCUUGAGAGGAAGAGCCGAGCAGCCUGCCGCACCUGGGUUAGACUUGGGCUUCCCUUUCCCUUGGGAGCAUCGCACGUAGUUCCUGAGACAUGGCUCGUGUGUGUGUGUGAGCGUGUGUGCAUGUGUGGAUGUCCAGGGGAGGAGCCCCAGGCACACUUUGGUUCGGGUUUUAAAGUUUUUUUGGUGGAAAGGUUUUCUUCGCAGGUGCUGGGUCAGUGCUCCAGUGGCCGAGACCCGGGUCUGGAAGGAGGCAGGGAAGGGUCCAUUUGGGCAGUGAAGCUUCUCUGACUUUCUAUUCCAGGACUAGUCCUUUGGACAUCACAAACACUACACUAAAUAUGGGCUUCUUUUAGCUCAGCUCCUGGAGCGUGAGGGGUUUCUACUCAACUAUUUCCCUGGAAGGUAGCACCAGGGUACCACACUACCCCAUCUGGCUGCUGCUUCCUGCACCAUGCUUAACACUAAUGACCCUGGUGCCAGUUAGGGGACCUAGACACCCAAGCCCACUAUGGGAAGGGUAUUGGGUCUAGCAAACCAAUCUAGGGGGUCAGGAUACCAUGUAGCACACCUACCCUCCUCUUGAGCCUGCGUGGCCUUCUGGGGUGCCUUGAGUAUGCUAGCCCUGUUUAAAAAGUACCUGCCCCCAGCCUCUCGCUGGCCCCUUUUGAAAAGUAGAAGGACAAUGCCUGUUACAACCACCUCCACCACCCCCACCACCCCCUGCAAAAACCCUGCUAGGCUGCUAUGUGUAUCCAUCUGCCCCACCCCUCUGUCUUUGGAUCUGGUCCCCACGGGCCCUCCAGCUGGCCUCUGGCAUCCCUCCCAGCAGCAUCAAUGUGAACUGGGCAGUCUGGUACUGGCGAGGGGUAGGGCAGGGACAGGGAUGGCUGCCCAAUCCUUGUGUUCUUCUUUGCACUUUACGAAGCCAGGAUCUGUGGAGACGCUUGAGCAGGUGGGCGGGGGGACACCUUCCUCCCGCAUGAAUUCAUCCCUUGGGUAAGCUGGGUUCUUCAUGAAUCAGCAUUUAUUGAUCAGCAAGCUGCAUUAACAGCCCACCUAUGGCACAAGGUGCUUGAAAGAAGCAGCAUUUCCUCAAGAUCUGUAGCCUUAUUCCAUAAGAAAAUGAAUGCAUUCGACAUGUACGUGCAUUCCUGUCACUAUUGGAGGGUGGUUUGUCUUCUGGGAAGAACCUCAGCCUGUCUGUCCUCUUGCCCCUGCGGUGCGCCCUCAAGGCUCUGCUGCGCAGCAGGUGGCAGUCCUUGCUUCAACACAUCCCCUCCCUCUGUGGGAGGAGGAAAACUGUGCCACUGUUGUGUGUUAUCUCUGUGCCUUCAUCCACUGCUCCUGCAAAACUUGUCUCUGGCAUCCUCGGCCUAAGGUCGCUGCAGUGGGCCAGCUUCUCUCUGGGCUGUAGGGAAAUGUAGCAGUCAGGGAGAGGGUAGAUGAGGAGGGGCAACCACCAGGAAGAGAUGGGGGCUAGGGCCUUUCUCUCCCCACCCCCUGUAUUCCUCCUGGAGUCAGCAGAAUUAUGCUUCUCUCCAUUCCCUUCCCUCCAGCCCCAGCCAAUUCACACUGUACCAUCCAUCCCAGGAGGGCAAGACUGUCCGCCUGAGAUCUGCCACCAGUCAGUCUCAGGACUUUUCCAUUGGUGCCACCUAACCUUCCACAGAUGGUUUUGGGAGAUAAGACCAGUCCUGUGUCUCCAUCCCUAUCCUUCCGGUGUUCAGGCAAAUAGAGCCAUGCUCGAGGAGGGAUUUAUUCCCAACAUCUGUCUGAAGUGAGGAGGUGGGGCCAGAGAAGGGAAGGCUGGACAGCCUGACCCCGUGCCACCCCCCCCAGCCUCAAGCAGUAUCACCUUCUCUCUGACUCCAUGUCUGAGCAGCAGCAUCAGCCUCCUUCAGAAAAAAAUCCAAACAAAACCAAUCCAAGUGGAUGUGUCACUGAAUCUUCUCAGAACUAAAGAACAUUUGCCCCAGCACAAGGGAGUGGCUUUGGAGAACUGAAAAGACAAACUGGUUACCAGGUUUUCCCCUUAGAUAGUGCCUAGUGUUUUUUUUUUUUUUGUUUCCCUCGUCCUCGGAGAAGGACCUUGGCAACCGAGGCCCAUGACUGCCACCAUGGAAGAUGUAGGAUUGGGGGCUCAGCUCCUCGUUACCAGUGACAGGGCCAGCGAAGGCAGCCACACCUAUAACUCCCUGCCAUGCCCAACCCUCCCAAUGGCCAGGGCAGACCAUGCCAAGCAUAAUUGUCCCCGUUUUACAAAUAAGGAAAUAAGCCUUGGAGAAGUUAUGGGACUUUCCCAAGGUCCAACAACUUCCUGAUGAUAGAUCCAGGGUUAGAACACUGGUCUGACUCAAAUAUCAGUGCUUUUUUCACUACCUAGAAUCAUAGACUAUUAGAGCUGGAAGGUACUUUAGAGACUAGUCCAGCUCUCCUUUACAGAUAGGGAAACUGAGGCUGAGUGAGGUUACAGGGCUUGCUUAAGUCAUGCAUGCAUGGUAUCUAACAUCCAGCAGUGGACUCAGUGACCUGGGAAGGCCCCAUGGUGACCCAACACACACCCACACCCCCUCCAUUCCCUGUGGAAGUUCGGCUUGGGCGACUUGAUGGCCGCUUUGCUCUUAUCACAUGUUGGCAUGGUUCUUAUUAACUAGACUGAUUUGUACACUUUUCCCUUCCCUCAGAUUUUGGGUUUUGUCAUCCAGGCCCUUGCUUGUCUCCAGAGUUUCCAAGUCCCUUAUCUUUGGUGGAGGCCAAGAUGGAGAUGAUUUUUCUCUUGGGGGUGGGGGGGGAGGGGGGAGGAGAUGCAGGAUCAUGAGCUAGGAGCCUUCGAGGUCAUUUAGCCCAAACUCCUCACUGUCCAUAACGAUUCUAGGGCCAGGGGGUCUCUUCAUCAGCAUUUGCGAACUUUUCAUUGCUCUUAUGUUCUUUGAACAGAAGAAACUUUUUAGAGAUGGGCACUUCCCAAAAUGGGAUUCCAGAAUGCCCUUCAAAAUCAUGUCUGAAAAGAUUGUCUUUUGAGUCAUUUUGUGAAAGAAAGGAUGAAGGUGGGAGGAGAUGGCAUUCUGCAUCUUGGUGGUCAAGGGUCUUCCUUUUUGGUGCUUCUUACCAUUCUUUUCAUGAACUGAAGCCAUCUUUUCUUUUUGUCCUCAUCCGCCUUUUUAGUCCCAUCCGUGUUCCCUGUAGCCCAAAGGUCCCAGGUGUGAUCACUGCCCCCCUGGUCCAUGCCCCCAUUGGCACCUGCCCCCUUUCAUAUUGGACAAAGAUGUUUCCCAUUUAAUGUAGUCAAGACAGCCUAAGUUAUUGUUUUCCGUAAAGAAAAGAAAAUCUUCAAACUUCCCUGUGUACAUUUAAAAAAAAAUCUGUCUCCAGAUUGUAUGGGAAUAAAACUUGUUUGAACCUUUGGAAUAGUGCUGCCGCCGACUUAUUUUUCUGGUACUAGUAUUUUUCACAUGUUAAAUGAUCUUUAUAUGUGUCAAGUUAACACAUUUUGAGUUUUCACAAGAAAACAGAAGCAUACUAAAUGGUAUUAAAAUGUGUUAGUCCAA